CGUGGGCCGCGGGCACCCCCGACCCCUGACUCGGCGUCCCUCCGCCCAUCCCGGGAGCCCCGCCUCUGCGUGAGGCCUCAGGCUGCUCCUUGGGGUCAGCGCCCAGCUGCCGUUUCCCCAGGUGGGACCCCGCGUCACCCCGCGGAGCCCCCACAUCGUCCGCGCCGGGGGCGAGUCUACGGGCGUUUGGGCUGUAGAUCGGGGCUGGAGGCAGUGCUCCCGUCCCUCGGGGUGGAGGCCGGGGACGCCGCGUCCACAGCUCGGUGCAGCCCCCCACAACAAAGAGCUGUGUGCCGAGCGGGGAGCCCUGCCUGCGGCCUCGCAUCUCAAGUUCCGAAUGAACCAGAUGAGCUGCUUAAAAUUCAGCUGAGUCACGUCCAGGGCCUCUAAGUGACAAGACGUUUCCGAUUUUAUGGUGACGUCUGGAGUCACCAUAAAAAUCUUUCCAGCCAGAUUGGUUGAGCAAGUCCAAGUGUACACACGAAGCCGCCUUCUCCCGUCUUGAGCACAUGUGCAUAGGAAUAAGAAAAGAAAAGCAUCGUUCAAAUUCAGGUUUAUGAUGAAACCAGCCUCAGUGAUCCACUGAUCUGUGGAACUCAGUGUGACCAGAAUAAAGACCAAGUGUGGAAGACAGAACUUGUAUUUUGAGACAGGCUAAGGAAGACUUGUCUUCAGCAGCCCCAAGAGGGAGAGACUGUGCAGACUUCCUGUCUCCUGCUUGUUCCAGAGCGCUCUCCCAGUGCCCCGUGGGAGCAAGAGGAGGGUCCUGUUUCCCACCACCCUGGUGUUCAGAAGCUUUGCUGUUGGAGUCACAGGAUGGCAGCUGCUGUUCUGCCCCCCACUUAUGUCAGACCUUUGAGUCCUGUUUUCUGGCCAGGGUGAGACAGCUUUGUCCAGGUUUUCUGUGAAGGUGCAGAUCAGUCCUCCCUGUGCCCAGCCCCUCAUAGGAAACCAUGCAGAGGGAAGGAGGGGCUGGCUGGUGAGCUCCUGGCCAGCUGGCUACAGGACCUGGUGACCUUCAAGGAUGUGGCUGUGGAGUUCUCCCAGGAGGAGUGGGCAUUGCUGGACCCGUCUCAAAGAACUCUGUACCGAGACGUGAUGCUGGAGAAUUGCAGGAACCUGGCCUCCCUCGGACCAGCACCCAAGGAACUUGGCAUGCGUGUAAGAAAGCAGCUUUCUACAGGGUGUCAUGUUGAUAAACACAGUUUGAUCUCCCAGUUGGAGCAAGAAGACAAGACGGUGACAGAGGAGAGAGGAAUCCUUCCCAGCACCUGUCCAGAUUUGGAUACUGUACUUAAAACCAAAUGGCUGACUCCUAAGAAGCAUGUUUUUAGAAAAGAACAGACUAAAAGUAUAAAAAUGGAAAGAAGUCAUCGUGGAGUGAAAAUCAAUGAAUGUAAUCAGUGCUUUAAAGUCUUCAGCACCAAAUCUAACCUUACUCAGCACAAGAGAAUUCACACUGGAGAAAAACCCUAUGACUGUAAUCAGUGCGGAAAAUCCUUCAGCAGCAGGUCUUACCUUACUAUUCAUAGGAGAAUUCAUAAUGGAGAGAAACCCUAUGAAUGCAAUCACUGUGGGAAAGCCUUUAGUGAUCCCUCAUCCCUUAGGUUGCACGUGAGAAUUCACACCGGAGAAAAACCUUAUGAAUGUAACCAGUGUUUUCACGUCUUCCGCACUAGUUGUAACCUCAAAAGCCACAAGAGAAUCCAUACAGGGGAGAAUCACCAUGAAUGUAAUCAGUGUGGAAAGGCCUUCAGCACCAGGUCCUCUCUUACUGGACACAACAGCAUUCAUACAGGGGAGAAACCGUAUGAGUGCCAUGAUUGUGGGAAAGCCUUCAGGAAGAGCUCCUAUCUGACACAGCACGUGAGAACUCACACAGGAGAGAAACCCUAUGAAUGUAACGAGUGUGGCAAAUCCUUCAGCAGCAGCUUUUCUCUGACUGUGCACAAGAGGAUACAUACUGGAGAGAAACCCUACGAGUGCAAUGACUGUGGGAAGGCCUUUAAUAACCUCUCUGCUGUUAAGAAGCACUUGAGAACUCACACUGGAGAAAAGCCCUAUGAAUGUAACCAUUGUGGGAAAUCUUUUACCAGCAACUCUUAUCUCUCUGUGCACAAGAGAAUACAUAACAGGUGGAUAUGAGUUGUGAUGAGAAAUGACUGGAAAUCUCUAUGAGAAAGCACUUGUUGACCUCUCACCCUAAGACAACCUGAGAGAACUCACACCAGGUAUAUAAGUUAUCUGUUUCUGCCUAACAAAUCAUUCCCUAAAACUUUGACUUAAAACAAGAAGCAUUUAUUAUUUCACAGUUUCCAAAAGGAAUUCAGGAACAGUUUAGCUUUGUAGUUCUGGCUCAGAAUCUCUUGAGGUUUCAGCCCAGAUGUCAGGCAGGGCUGUGGUCAGCCGGUCUUUGCUAAUGAAGGGUCCAUUUCCAAGAUGGCCCUCACAUGCCUAGAAAGUCGGUGCUGGUUGUUGACAGGAGACUUCCUGACCACAUAGGCCUUUCCACAAGGCUACGUAGCUUUACGAUGUGGCAGCAGGUUCCUCCCAAAGCAAGUGAUUCAAGGGAGGGCCACUGAAGAAGCCAUAAUGUCCUACCACCUAGGCACAGAAGGAUGUUUUCACCUCUUUCAUAUGGAAUCAGUCACAGAAUGAUUGUGAUACUGUGUGGGAGAAGACUACAGAAACAUGAGUAUCAGGAGACAGAUCAGAGUCCCUUCUUAGAAAGUUGCCAUGAAAUUAAUGAAGAAAAGCUUUCAGCAGACCCUCAUCCUUUUAAUCAUUGUGACAUAGCCUCAGUAAGCUCUGGUCCAUCCAUUCUGGAGAGAAACCUGUGAGCACCGUCUCUGUGGUAAAGCUUUCAGCCCACACUCACUCCGACGUGCCCGAAAGAUUAUGUAUUGGGAAAAACCUGAGGAGUGGAAUGAUGAUAGGAAACCCUUCAGUGAUAGCUCCCACUCAGGGGAAAGCCCUCUGAAGGUCAAGAGUGUGUGUCUGACACACGUGAGAUCACACAACAGAGGAAGACUCCAGAAAUGUGUAAAACCCUGUGGCCCAAAUGUCCACAUUACUGACCACCAGACAUUGAGGUAUGCCCACAGUGACUAUGGGAAAGACUUGAAUGUUCUGGAGCUUGAACACAGGGCCUUGCGCAUGAGUGCUCUACCGCUGAGCUACACCUCCAGCCCUUUUUAUUUUGAGACAGAAUUUUGCUAAGUUGCCCAGACUAGCCUCAAACUUGCAAUCCUCCUGCCCCAGCCUCUCACGUAGCUGGAGUUAACAGACAUGCACCCCCACAUUUGACUUGUUCUCUCACUUUUUUAAAGACGAAAAUUUAUUAACACAAAGAACAGGGAAAGCCUUCAAGGAUGCCUCUUGUGUUAAAUGGUCCCUGAAUGCAAAACCUAUAAGUGUGUUUGGAAGUUUUUCAGUGAUUCAGGAACUCACUAGGGGACACCAGGAGUGGAGUCUGUUAGGUGCCUCCGUCUCAGCACUUCAUGAAUGACUGCAGAAUAAUCUGUACUGGAAACAAACGUACAGUGAGUGUAGAGUCCCCUGCCAACAUCUCACCUGCAGGCUGGACCACUAGCUCAUUAAUUUUUCAGUCUGUUUUUUUGUUUUGUUUUGUUUUUAAUAUUUUCUAAGUUGUCAAUGGAUCUUUAUUUAUUUAUAUGUGAUGCCGAGAAUCAAACCCAUGCCUCACACAUGCGAGGCAAGCACUGUACCACUGAACUAUAGCCCCAGCACUUCAGUAUGUUUUCCUAUAAACAUUUGUGUCUUUAUCAUUUUCCUAAAAUGAACCCUAAGUUGUGUUCCAAAAUUUUACUGCAAUGUAUUUAUUAUAAUUUACUCUUUGAAAACAUUGGUACAUUGCAUAUUCAAAAAGUUAUUUCUGAAUAGCUCCCGAAUGCUCUCAUCUUAAUGGACAUUAAACAAUAUUUCUGGUGCACUUUUUUCAAAGUGGUAUUUUUGUCAGAAUUUGUGGGCUUUAUGAAGCUAUUUUCUCCUUCUAUACUUGUGUGACAGAUGCUGUUAGCUUCUUUCCCAAUGUCCAUUCUCCCCUACUUACUUAACAGUUUGUUCAGGUUGUCUGUAAGCAGAAUUGAAGAUUAUCUGCCACCUUUCCUAAAGCCCAGGCAGUCUUUGUUCCACUCUCCUGGACACGAGGACUGGGCAGGACUCACUGGGGGCGGGCAGGGAACUGAGGGAAGCUCUCUUUUCUAUUCAUUUUACCAUUACUUUCUCUUGGAAAGGUCUGCAGAUUGAAAGGUUUAUUUAUUUGGGGGGUUUUGUUGCCAUUUUUUUUUUUUUUUACUGUGUUGACAACUAGAGUGCAGCAAAACUUAAAAAAAAAAAAAAAAAAGAAAGAAAACACUUUGGGUUCCUCAAGAGCCUCUGGCUGUAUCAGCCAGAGACUGCUUAUUCUUGAGAUUUUUCUUGCUUUGAUUAAAAGUAACCCCUCACUGGCUGAAGCCAAAGUGAUUUCAAGAUGGUGUUAACUUGCAGCUGAAUGUAGUAUCUAACCGUAAACCUAUUAGUUUGUCACAUUUUAUCCAUGUUUCAUGUUUCUUUGAAAACUGUAUAUUCUUUAAUAUGUAGACAUAGGGCAUAUGCAGAUUAAUACAAUCUUAUGGUGUUAUAAUAUGUACUGAUUUUUUUCUUUUAAUCCUACUUAGUGAUAGAGGCAUAGUAAAGUCUUACAUUAUGACUAUAGAUUAACAUUCUUCCUGUAAUUCUGUCAUUUUUAUUUAUUUUGAUAUGCUGUAACUAAGUGCAUACCAGAUUAGGAAUUUUCAUGUAAAUCAUUCCUUUUAUGUAGGGGUCAUGUUUUCGUAUAACAAAGCAUUAUAUUGCAUUGAUAAUAAAUGAUCAAACACUUACAUAGCACCUUAAGAAUGCCUUACAAAUAUUAA